AUGCUGGCCGAGCAGCAUGAUUCCGCGUGUCAGGAAUCCGAGAGGGCAUCCAGUCGGGCCAACGAGAGCAGCGCUGCGGACAAGCAGCCGUCGCAUUGCAAGAACACCGCCAGGCAGCGAGAGGAGCCGAGCGAGUCGAACAGCAACAAGGCCAAUCGGGAGAAGAUCCGCCGCGACCGACUCAACGACAGUUGCGUCGCUGCUGCUGCCUGCUGGGUGCUCUCCAUACUCCAUCUCUUGCUCUCCCCGACAAGCUCCUUCAACUCUCCUUUGAACCUGUUUGAGGAGUUGGUGCGGGCACUGGAGCGGAGUGAGCUGGCGCGCGCGGACAGGGGGAGCAUUCUGGUGGACGCGGUGCACGUGCUGGCGCAGCUGAGGGCGGAGACGAGCCGUCUGAGGGGCUCCGCGGAGCACAUGAGCGAGCAGAUCCAAGAGCUCAAGGCGGAGAAGAGUGAGCUGAGGGAGGAGAGGGCGCGCCUGAUGGCCAACAAGCAGCAGCUGGAAGACGAGGUCUGCCGUUGGGCCGCAUCUAGUUCCGCCCAAUCCACUGCCGCCACGUCAGCAGCAGUAUCAGUCGUUUCUUCAGCCGGCCGGCAGGCAGCUGCCACUCCUCCUCCUCUUGGGUUUGCUCCGU